AUGUCUCGCCCUCUCGAAGGCAAACUCGCCAUCAUAACCGGCUCAUCGCGAGGCAUUGGCGCAGCCAUAGCCGAAAACCUCGCCUCCAAAGGCUGCAACAUAGCCCUCAACUACACCUCCCCCUCCUCUACCUCCAUCGCCAACGACCUCGCCGCCCAGCUCACCUCCUCCCACAACAUUAAAGUCGUUCCCAUCCAAGCAGACAUUGGCAGCCCGGAAGGUCCCGCCAAACUUGUUCAAGAUGUCAAAUCUGCUUUCUCCUCUUCAGACAACACCUUCCAAAUAGACAUCAUCAUCAACAACGCCGGCAUAGCCCAAAACGCCCUCCUCCCCGACGUCACAAUCCCCCAAUUCGAAGCCACCUACCGCGUCAACGUUUUGGGUCCUCUCCUUCUCGUCCAAGCCGCCCAGCCUUACCUCCCUAAGGAUAGAUCAGGCAGGAUAGUCAACAUCUCUUCCGUCUCCUCCUCUACCGGGUUCGUCACCCAGUCUGUCUACGGCGGGACCAAGGCUGCGUUGGAAGCAAUGACACGGACGUGGUCGCGGGAGUUGGCGCAGAAUGCCACGGUGAACGCGGUGAACCCUGGUCCAGUGGAGGGGCCGAUGUACGCGAGUAAUGCAGAGGUUUUCCUAGAGGGGAUUGAGGGUUGGAUCAAGCACACUCCGUUAAUGAAGGCGCAGGAGGGGGAUGUGAAGGAUGAGAGUCUGCCGGACGGGACGAGGGCGGCGAGGACGGGGGAGAUUGCGGGUGUGGUUGGGAUGCUGUGUGGGAUGGAGGCGGGGUGGAUUACGGGACAGGUUGUUUGUGCUAAUGGAGGGAUGGUUAUGCUUCAUUAG